UUUUUAAGUAGUGAGAAACCCUAAUUCUCUUUGUUUUUAGCUACCUGGUUCCAUCAGCUGAGCUGCUGCAUCUUCUUCAAUCUGCCUUGGCUACAACCCGGUGCAGCCAUGAUCAUCUCAGAGAAGAGCCGGAGAGAGAUCUCGAAAUAUCUGUUUCAAGAGGGUGUGUGCUAUGCGAAGAAGGAUUACAAUUUGGCGAAGCACCCAGAAAUGGAUGUCCCGAAUCUUGAGGUGAUUAAGCUUAUGCAGAGCUUCAAGUCAAAGGAAUACGUCCGGGAGACCUUCGCUUGGAUGCAUUACUAUUGGUACCUCACCAAUGAUGGGAUUGAGUUCCUCCGCACAUACCUCAAUCUGCCCUCGGAAAUUGUGCCCGCCACGCUGAAGAAGUCAUCUAAGUUGGGUGGGCCAGCUGGCGAUCGCCCUCGUGGACCUCCUAGAGAUGGUGACAGGCCACGAUUUGGUGAUCGAGAUGGCUACCGUGGUGGACCAAGAGGCCCAGCAGGUGAAUUUGGUGGUGAGAAAGGUGGAGCUCCGGCUGAUUAUCAGCCAAACUUCAGGGGCAGUGGUGGUUUUGGCAGAGGAUCUGGUGGUUUCGGUGGAGCACCUUCAAGUUAACAUUGUGGUUUCCCAGUUUCUUGAUAGUUUUUAGGAAUGAGAUUGUAUGGAACCUAAGUUGUAACUCCCGUUUUAAUCGCCCUACAAAUACAAUUUUGUUUACAUUGAAUCAAAAAUUAUGCUGGGCUACAAAAUAUUUUGUUUGUUAGUGUGA